GAUUCGCCCGUGUUUGUCGUUACGAAGCUAUCAACGGGAUGGACUGACGAAUCCAGUCGCCCAGAGUUCGGUCAGCGCUCAGCAUAUACGUUCACUCGACUGCAUGUUUUUAUAUACACAGGCUUAAUGUUGGCGAGCAUGUAGUGUCCACGCUGAGACCGACUUUUGAAACUUUUGAUAUUAUUGUUUGAACGUUAUUAAUCGUAACAAUUUUAAAUUAACAGUCAAUUUUAGAGUUCGUAGCAUUUGAGUCACGAUUCUAAGAUGUUGGCUAUAGUUGUAUUGGUUUUGGUUUUGGCACCAUGCGAGGGGAUAGAGAAUGCCUGGUUUUCUGUGUACGGGGAGCCGGAUUAUGCUCGUCCUGUGUCCCAGGGCACCGACUGGGGUGAGAAGACGAGGUUGGGGUGCUCUCGCAUGUGCGGUCGAAACACCGGGUGUUCGGCGUUUCAGUUCAAGAUGACGAACGCCCGACUCGGAAGUUGUGUGGUGUUCGAAACUCUGACACUCAGGAAGAACAUGGUGUCGAGUCCGGGAACUCAGUACUAUGAGAAGAGGACAUGUGAAGUGGACAUGCCUAUAGACGCCACAGUGAUGCACUUCUCAAACUACCAUACAGCUAUGUUCAGUGGGCCGAAGGUCAGAGUCUACAAGUUUAACAUAGUGGGUACCACGAUCACUUCCGUUGCUCGGGUUGGUGACUACUCCACCACUGACUUAUACCCAGGCUAUACAAACUCAGUGGACGCAGCAUUUGAGUUCAUAGGAACCAACCCUACAAAAACUAUACUCCUGAAAGGUACAAAGGAAUCUUGCUUCCAGAGAGCUACGAGCGGAGCCUUCACUUUCAGCGCAUGUGCAGACACUCACUACUUCAGCACCUUCUUUGCCAGCAGUGGUUUGUCCCGCGUGGACUCGAUCGCCGUAGACAGCACCACCUCCCCCGACCUGCACGUCACGGCUAGCGGCAUCGUAUACCAUCUUCGUUAUUCCAGCAGCUCGGGGAAGUUUGAGAUAAUACAAAACCAUGACAUGCUGCUGCAGACCGCAGGUAACCCAUGGAGCGGAGCCUUUAAAGGUGCCACAGCCAUGUUCAGACUGACCUACAAACGUUUUUACCUCUUUGAAGGUUCAAAAUAUGUCAAGUAUGACACUGUCUCGAAACAGUUCGUUGGAAAUCCAUCAAUCAUAUGUAGCGACUGAAGCAGACGCUUGGACUUUCCUGACCCACGUACGUUUAUGUAUGAACACACAAUGCCACUUUAGAAAGUGGUCAAAUUUAACAAAUGUUAUU